CUAUUCUAAGAAAUCAGUAGUUUGGCUUAGUAGAAUGGCGGCUAUUAAUUUGUCUGCUGAGCUCAAGUACUGGAUAUUUAACAUGCUUUCCAUUCUGUAUGUGCUACAAGUCAUGGUCCCUCUGGCGUCUUGUGAACUUGUACAAGCGUUGUUCGAUCCCGAAACAAAGCAAGUGUACUACAAUCCUCAAGCACAGUCACAAGUGAGCGGCGGUACUAACCAAGGCUUAGUAAUAACUGUGGCGCAAGACGUCAAGGUGGAGUCUACAAUCCGAGAGAGUAAAUCGGAGAACUUUGGAGUUAACUUGGGAUUAGGAGACGCCCCUUUGAUAGGACUGAAUUAUCAAAAGGCUAAAAUCAGGGAAACCAGGGAGGAAAGCCAUCAUCAAGUAAACAUAGCAAUUAAAAUCCCAGGAGAAUGUGGCGAGGGCUGCAGGGAACAGGCAAACAAAGCUUUCGAUAUCUGAAACAAUACGCUUUAUGGUGGAUCAAAACAGAAGCAAGUCAACUGACCACAGCCAGAGGCAUGUAUCUGAGAUCCAGGGACCAUGUUUAAUAAUAAAGACUAAGAAAAGAAAGUAGUUUUUGCCUUAGACUAAGCAUUAGACCGUGAGCAAACACUGGGCAUGCACACGUGCAAGAAACUCACAGAACAUUUGCGCAUUUGUUUUUCC